AUGUCGGUCCCAGUCGACGGUGAGCCAGGCCGUUGCUUGCCCAAUAUCGAAGCUUCAGAGAAGAUCUACAAACCUUUGGACACUCAACGCCAAGAGAUUCGCCUGUUGACUCUGCUUCCGUCUUCAGACGGCGAUGAGGGAAUCCGUUGCACUCUCUCUCACCUAGCAAUCAACCCCUCGAGUCCAUCGGGCAUACCGGCUUAUGAAGCGCUCUCUUACGUAUGGGGAGAGCCCGACUUCACGGAAUGCAUCACUCUCAACGAUCAUCCUUUCUUCAUAACACCAAGUCUACGAUAUAUCCUGGCCUCACUCCGAUUGGAAGCUCAAACUCGACUUCUCUGGGCUGAUGCCAUCUGCAUUAACCAGCUAGACAUUAAAGAGCGGAACACUCAGGUUGCCGCGAUGCGUGAAAUUUACUCGAACUGUGCAAGGGACAUAGCCUGGUUAGACCCGAUGAUUGGCAAAGACUACAAGUCGAGCGAGAUAUAUGGCAGCCCAGAGCUCCAUCAAAGAGAAGAUAUGAUAAAGAGUGGAAUGGAUUUGAUGUACAAUAUCACCCAGAAGAAUCCACAAACUCUCAAGACCAUCCAGGAUUACUACAGAGAUGGCCAAUUCUCUCUCGAUACCCAAGCACAACUGUCUCUAAAAUCCCUAUUCGAAGAGCCGACACUCUGGGAGCGACUCUGGGUCAUGCAAGAGCUGUCUCUGGCCCCUCGUGUGACUUUGAUGUGCAAAGGAGCAGAGCUACAAUGGGACCCACUGACAGCUCUGCUUAUAGAUGAGCCAUACUUCGACGCGUUUCACAUGCAAACGAGGUCCCAUAUGCUGUCCUACUACGAGGAAUUCAGCGACGUUUUCGUCCCCAUCAAACUCAUUGAGGACCAACGUCGACUGUUAAGCCAAGAGUCAAAGUUGAUGGACGUGUUGGUGCGAUUUCGCGCAACUGAGUCCACUAACCCAAAGGACAAAAUAUAUGGACUACUUGGACUUGUCACGGAAGACCAUGGCAUCCAAGUCGACUACUCAAAGUCGAUAAGCGAUCUAUACAAGCAAACUACAGUCUCACUGAUCAACGUGUCUGGGAAUCUUGACAUUCUCUGCCAAAACCCAUUUGAUCGUAAGGAAGAACCCAGUGCGCUUCAGCAAAACCCUGGAACACCUACCAUGCCUUCUUGGGUUGCCGAGUUCGACGCCAAACGUCAGGACUGUGUACCACUUAUCUUCGCCCAGCGAAAUAUCUUUAACGCCAGCACCAAACGAUGCGAAAGGCCUUGUUGCCUUCUGGGGUCUGGAGAGGAUAUCCUGGCUUUGAAAGGCACCAUCCUGGGCACCGUGGGGCCAAUUCAUAAAAAGACAUCACCCGAUGAGACAAAACCACAGGAGACUAUGAGACUAUAUCUGGACGACAAGGCUCUUUCGCAUCCACAAGACCAUCUUUACAGGACAAAGUUUGGGAAUAAGAGUAUAUCGACAGGCGAGACGUCUAUUCGUGCCUUCUGGCGAACACUUGUCAAAGACUGCACUUUGCCCCCAAGAAUGCGACGGUUGCGCCCGGCAGAGAUAGAGUCUCUUGAUAUCCAGAACCAGGAGAUUUUGGCCGAUGGGGGCGAACAGGUCAAAACAUGCCAGAUUUAUCUCAACGGUCUCUACUCGCGAUCUGCCUAUAGCUACGAUCCAGGCCAUGACUUUGACUUUAGCAAUGUUGACUCUGAAACAUUCAUUGUGAAUGCACGGAUGAUGCAUGAGAUACAUGACCUUAUUUUUGCCACAACAGAUAAUGGGUUGUACUUGUUGGCACGUCCGCAUGUUCGGCAGGGUGAUGUUGUCGCAGUUCUCGAUGGUGGCAGACUCCCUAUGGUUUUGCGCAAGGUUGAACACGAAGGUUUGGAGGAUACUUUCAAGGUCGUUUGUUCUGCGUAUGUGCAUGGUUUUAUGGACGGAGAGGCAGAUACCGGUGUGGAUGAGGGGUGGUUACAGAAGCAAGACAUUCUGCUGGUGUAG